AUGUCUUCCUUUCAGAUACAGAAUUCCGAAGUAUUGGCAAGACUAAAACCUUUUGGGAUUCUGUUUGAGAAAUCGCUCAACGAUUUGAUCAAGGGGAUUCGAGCCCACUCGAAAGACUCACCAGAGAGUCUAGCAAAAUUUUUAGAUGCAGCUAUUCAGGAAUGCAAAACGGAAUUAUAUAGUACGGAUCUCGAGACCAAGGCAAUGGCAGUUUUGAAGCUUGCAUACUUGGAAAUGUACGGUUUUGAUAUGUCGUGGUGCAACUUCCAAAUAUUAGAGGUAAUGUCAUCCAACAAGUUUCAGCAAAAGCGAAUAGGAUAUUUGGCCGCAAUUCAAAGUUUCAAAAAUGAACAAGAUUUGCUAAUCCUUGCCACAAAUCAAUUUAAAAAAGAUCUUAAUUCGUCACAGCAUGUCGAAGUGGGGUUGGCCUUGAGUGGUAUUGCUUCAAUUGUAACCCCCAGCUUGUCACAGGAUAUCAAUGAUGAUGUUUUGAUGAAAUUGAACCACUCAAAGCCAUAUAUAAGAAAGAAGGCGAUACUUGCAAUGUAUAAAAUCUUUUUACAAUAUCCCGACAGUUUAAGAAUGAACUUUCACAGGGUUAUUGAAAAAUUGGAUGAUACUGAUGUGUCAGUUGUCAGUGCUACAGUCAAUGUAAUCUGUGAGUUGUCAAAAAAAAAUCCAAAAUUGUUUCUCAAUUAUCUACCGAAGCUCUUCUCCAUUUUGGAGGAAACCAAAAACAACUGGUUGAUUAUCAGGAUUUUGAAAUUGUUUCAAAGUUUGUCAAGAGUCGAGCCGAGGAUGAAGAAGAAAAUAUUGCCUGCAAUAAUGGAUCUCAUGCAUAGAACGCAAGCAUCAUCCUUGAUAUAUGAGUGUAUAAAUUGCGCAGUCAAUGGGCAAAUGUUGUCGGCUGAGUCGUCUAAAGAUAAGCAAACUGCUAAAUUAUGCAUCCAACAGUUAAUGAACUUUUUCAAAACCAAAGAUUCUAAUUUGAAAUUUGUUGGAUUGAUUGCAUUGAUCAACAUAUUGAAGAUAUUCCCUGUCUUUAUGCACAGCGUAGAGGGUGUGUCUGAAGUGAUUAUGGAUUGCUUGAAUGAUCCAGAUUUGAUAAUAAAGAAGAAAGCCCUUGAGGUUUCAAGUUACUUGGUGAAUGACGAAAAUAUUGUCGAGGUUGUUAAAGUGAUGCUACUACAGCUAAUUCCCAAUAGCACUAGUGUAGAUGACUCACUCAAGUUGGAGGUGACUUCCAACAUCUUGAGGAUAGCAUCAAAAGACAGUUACAGCAACAUUCCAAAUUUCAGGUGGUAUGUCGCUGUUUUAAAAGAUAUUUUAAACCUUACUUUGUUGCCCAUUGCAUCUGGUUCUUCAGGAACGGUUUCAACAACGACAUCGAAGGAAAUUGCCACUCAAAUUGGAAAUGAAAUCAGGGUUCUUGCAACCAAGGUUCCAUCUAUCCGACCAGUUUUAUUGGAAAAAAUUGUUGUUGAGGUAGUGUUGGAUGAAAAUGUGAUGAAAUUAUGUCCACUCAUUUUGAAAGAUGUCUACUGGGUUCUCGGUGAGUAUAUUGAUGAAUUUCAAAUCGGUGUAGAUGAUGAUGACGAAGUCGGAGUCGAAAAUGAAGACUUGGUUGUUAACCUAGACAAAAAGUUGUUUAUCUUCAACACAUUGGUGAAUUACAGAAUCGAUGAAAAGUUGGGACUCGGUACCUCUGGUAAUUUUAAAAUAUCGUCCAUGUUGCUAACUUUACAAGAGCCCCAAGUCUUGUCCGUUUUGAUUCAAGCAUUGGUUAAACUUUACAAUGGCAUUGUGUACGACUAUACCCGCGUAUACUCGAAUAACGGAGAGUUUUCGGAAUCAAAAUAUAGCGAAUUGUGUUAUCAUCUUUAUCGGUUAAUUGGCUUUUUGAGCAACUGGGAGAGACACUACAACUAUGAGGUUCAAGAGCGUGCUUUGUCAUGGUUGGAGUUUUUGAGACUCUGUCAGGAGGCAAUGAAUGGAGAAGAUUUGUCCAAAGUGAAGAAACUUGAAAUGAAGGAUCUAGAGGUUUAUGGAAAUAAAACCAAGGUUGGCUCCAUUAAAGAGAGGGAUAGUUCAGACACUGAGAAGGAAGAUGAGUCUAGCUCAGAUGAUAGCUCUAGUAGCGACGAGUAUGAAAACUUGAUUUUCUCCGACAAUGAGAAGCCAUCAAAGCCUAACUCUGUUCCGGAUAUUGAGCCGAACCCUUUUGCAGAACAAUACCAAGAACUAAAUAACAACCCGAAGAGCCUUCCUGGGUUGUUGAGUAAUGUCUUGCCAUCGUUCUUCAAAGCUUACAUGUUGAAACCAGUGGCAAAGAAUGCCCAACUCAACAUUGGUUUGCCAGAAAAUCUAGAUUUAGACCUGGAAAUUAACGAGAUACCACAAGCGGGUGGCGAAUUUACUAACAAUGAUACAUAUGAUCUUUUCCUAUCAGACUCGGAACUUUUUGAAGAGGAUUUGAUACAAUUGUCAAGUGCUGAAACGGAAUCAGAAAGGCGAAUCAAUCGGGAGGAACGUAUGCUUCGUUUGAAAGAUAGUCCCUACUAUUUGGAACCAGAGAGGAAGAGCAAAACCAAAAGUAAAAGACCGGAGAAGGGGGAUGAAGUACACUCAGAGUCCUCACCAGCAGCCAGUUUAUCUUCGAAGAAAGAGGAACCAACUAGGUUCAAGAAAAAAAAGUCUUCAAAAAUCAAGAAGGAAAAGGUGCUCAUUCUCGAUGAAGAGUCGGUUGAAGGUGCCGCGGACCUCCCACAGGAACAAAUCACUGAACCCAGCAAAAAGUCAAAAGGGAAGAAGAAUGCUUUAAAGAUUGAUUCAUCGAAAUUGGAUGAUUUUGAUCUUCUUGCAGCAGAACCUGUAAAUGCUUCGAAUGAAGAGUAUGACAUUGAUUUAGAAGUCUUACGAGCAAAAUUGUCUCAAACAUCAAUUGACAAACCAAAAAAGAAGAAGAAGGCCAGAAGGACUGAUAAGAAGGACCAACUCCUAGAAGUUGGUCCAAGUGAAGCAACGGAUAAAGAACGUGAGCAAAUGCAAGAGGAUAACAAGCCAUCUACCAAGGACGCUUCUACAACAGAUUCCUCGAUUAUCACGGUUAAGCCAAUGAAGAAGAAAACAAAAAAAAAAGCGGUCAUUAUUGAAUGA